AUGGGCAGCGUACUCGACAAGAAUUCGUCCCGGGUGCGAAAACGGAUUGAAAGCCACAGGUUUGAAAACGAGGAGGGUGAUGAAUACAAGGGUAGCGCGUUCGGAGGCUUCGGCGAAUACUUUCGUCGCAAGAAGAUCAAGCUUCAAAAUCUCGAUGCAGACAUACGCGCCUCGUCCGACAAGCCUCAGAUAUUCAGGGGCAUAGUAGCUCAUGUGACCGGCUAUACGCAACCUCCGCUACACAUACUUCAUCGCGACAUCGUGGAGCAUGGCGGUGGAUUCCUGCAGUAUCUAGACUCCAAGUCAAUGGCCACCCACGUCAUCGCUUCGACUUUGCCUCCCAAAAAGAGCGUCGAGUUCAGCCGCUAUCGGAUCGUGAAACCCGCCUGGAUUGUGGACUCGAUCGCCGCCGGGAAGCUGCUGCCAUGGGCCGAUUACCGCGUGUUGGACGAGGGGCCAAGGCAGCAAGUCCUGAAAAUCGGUGGCGAUACAACCAUUUCGCAAACAAGCCCCCAGGUCCGGCGUGGGUAUAAGGAACAAACGGACAACAGCUUUUAUACGAGACAAAUCAAUUCUGCAACCACCACUCCCUGUCGGCCCUUGGAUGGUCGGGGGAAAGGGCUGUCAGCACCAACUAGGCAGCCGGUUUGGGAAGAAUCAAAAGAUGAAAAACCGUGGCGGGAUGAAGAGCAAGUCGCUUCUGUUUCAGAUGCAUAUGAUACCCAUGAGAUGUUGGAGAACCAUACUUUGACGAGGAGGACUCCGCCUGCCAGGGGUACAACUUCUAAUGAGGGCGUGCCUCCUCCAGACAGGCUCGAUGACCCCGUCAGUCACUCUUUAGCCUCUGGACCAUCCAAGAACAUGACUUCAGAGGAAUAUAAUGCAUGGCUGCUGUCAGAUCCGCGUUUGCGAAAAUCAUCCACAGCCAACCCGGAAUUUCUUCAGCAAUUUUACUCGGAAAGCCGAUUGCACCACCUAUCGUCUUGGAAAGCAAACCUGAAGUCGUCGAUGCAACGCCUCGCGGCGGAAAGAGGACUUUCGCAAAGCAAGCUCAAGAGAAAGCCGGGCGCCAGACAAUACAUCAUGCACGUUGAUUUCGACAGUUUCUUCUGUGCCGUGUCUCUCAAGUCCCAUCCAGACUACAAGGACAAGCCUGCUGCUGUUGCGCAUAGCUCUGGGCCUGGUUCCGAAAUAGCGAGCUGCAACUAUCCGGCGCGCACGUUUGGCAUCAAGAAUGGAAUGUGGAUGAAACGAGCCUUGGAACUCUGCCCAAACAUAAAGGUAUUGCCGUAUGAUUUUCCAGCCUACGAAGACGCCAGCCGGCUCUUUUACGAAUCAAUCAUGUCCAUUGGCGGAGUGGUUCAAAGCGUCAGCGUCGACGAGGCUUUGAUUGAUGCAACGGAGAUUAUUUACUCGGCUUGCGGCUCGCAAGGCGUUGGCAUUGACGAGGGCAGUAUCUGGCGAGAGCAGCAAAAGGCGGAGGAGAUUGCUCUCGAACUCAGGAAGAGCAUCAAGGGCAAGACGGCAUGUGACGUUUCGGUGGGAAUCGGGGGCAACAUUCUCCAAGCCAAAGUGGCGCUUCGACGCGCCAAGCCUGCCGGACAAUUUCAGUUGCGGCCAGAAGAUGUGCUCCAUGUUGUCGGGGAACUGACAGUGGAGAAGCUGCCCGGGGUUUCCUACAGCAUCGGGGGGAAACUGGAAGACUUGGGCGUCAAGUUCGUCAAGGACAUCCGCAACAUUUCAAGAGAGCGCCUUGCUAGCGCGCUCGGACCCAAGACGGGCGAUAAGCUAGCCGACUAUGCGCGCGGGAUAGAUCGAACCCAGGUUGGUGAGCAACCGCCCAGAAAAUCGGUCUCGGCCGAAGUCAGCUGGGGAAUCCGCUUCAUCAGCCAACAAGAAGCGGACGAGUUUGUGUACAACUUGUGCAAAGAGCUCGAAAAGCGACUGCUGAACGAGCAGCUGAGGGGCAAGCAUCUCACCGUGAAAAUAAUGCGACGGUCUCUGGACGCCCCGCUGGAUCCAGCGAAGCAUCUGGGGCACGGCAAAUGCGACACCUUUAACAAGAGCAUCACGUUCGGAGUGGCAACGCACAGCUGCGAAACAAUCGGCAAGGAGGCGGUGUCGAUUCUGAGGGCGUUCAAAUUCAGCCCCGGUGACUUGCGUGGCCUGGGCGUGCAAAUGACCAAGCUAGAACCGAUCAACAAGGCCGGCACCGGACACGGAGGACACGAUGAGGGCAGCCAGCGAACAUUGAGCUUCGGCCGCUUUGCCGUGCCUGUGUCGGCGAAGAAGGCAAGACGAGCAGAGCCUAUUGACGAGAUUGACAGUCCGAGGAAGCCCAAGAAGCAGGAUGCCGUCAGCGGCAUAGGUGCAGAUCCCAUUGCCGACGACGAUUCCCCGACACCCCGCAAGCCAAAAUCGCAUGCUGCCAUGGCACUCUCGAGGGCUCACCAGGAGGACGUCAAAGCGCACACGCCCCUCAACGUGUCCGGGACGCAGUUCAUCAUACCCAGCAACCCCGACGCGGCCGUGAUGGCUGAGCUGCCAAGCGACAUCAGAAACAGGCUGGUUGGCCAGCAACAGCGGCAAAACAGGCCCGACAUUCCAAGCAUGCAAAGGCAGGAUGAGCCUGCACCGGCGAGGGGCCUUCUCCCCACGCAAAUCGACGGCGAAGUAUUCGACGCUCUGCCCGACGACGUCAAAGCCGAGGUGCUCGCAGCAUACGCGCGCGCGCCAGAACAGCCGCAGUCGCCAAGGAGGGAGCCACAGCACGGGCCGCCUCCACGGAGGCAGGCAACACCUACCAAACGAGGGGGGAUGCGGGGGGCUUCCAGCAGAGCCCAGCGUCGGCGAGACGCGCGGGUCGGCGUCGUCCAGACAAGGUUCAAGAGCGCACACGAAGGUGCCGCCGCAGCGAUUGAGGAGAUUGAGGAGCUGGACCCCGAGUUUCUGGCCGAGCUGCCGGAAGACGUGCGGAGGGAGGUGGUGGCCGACCAUCGCCGGCGGAGGAUGGCGCUCCGGUCCAGGCUCGACGCCCCCGGCCGCAGACGCCAAGUGCCCGACGCGAACGCUCCCCUAGCCGGCGGCCAGAGGAGAAUCCAGUUUCCCGCGCCCCCCCGCAAGGUGGGCUUUGCCGGCUCGGGGGUGACAUCGACGCCGGAGAUCAAAGACAUGAUGGACGCGUGGCACUCCGAGACGCAGGACGAGGGCCCGCACGCUGGCGAUGUGGCAGUCUUGGGCAAGUACAUGGCCAGGGUGGUCAAGGACGAAAGGGACCUGGAAAAGGCGGUGGCGCUCAUCAAGUGGUUGGAGCUUGUUGUCGAGCAGGAUGGCAAGCCGGGGCCGGGACAGGCGUCAUGGCGAGAGGCCGUGAAACAGGUACGACAGGCGGUGCAGACGGCGGUCACGGAGAGGGGUCUCGGGGCACUGGAUAUGUCAUGA